AAAAGUUCGUAAGGCAAAUCAUUCGACAAUGGAACAGUUAGCUCAUUUCGUGACGAAAUCGUUCGAAUACAACAACAGCCGGGUGCUGGACAUUCUCAACAUGAGCACCGUCGGAAGUGCUGCUGGCGGUGGUGGAAACAGUCGUGGUGGGUUGAGUGAGGAUUUCCACAGUCGAAGCUCGGAACCGGAACUGAUGUCGAACAACAGCAGUAGUGUUGCUAGUGUUGGUGAAAAUGGCGACCUAGAGGAGGAAAUUCAUAGCCACACGUUGGCACAGAGACAGAACGCGGUGGUGGGGGCUGACGAUGGGGACAACGAAGAUGAGGAAUCGAUCGAUAUCGAAAUUACGGACCUGUCGUACAGUAGUGCUGGUGGUGGUGGUGGUGGUGGAGCUAAUGCUAUGAUGAAUGGCAUCGGCGAGAGCGAUAGAGUCAAACCGAUUUCGUCGGUAUCGUCAUCGAUGGUUGUGAAAAGCACAUUCGGUAGUGACGUUGGGAGUAAUAACAAUAAUGACAGUAUCAUCAGUAAUCGGAAUGAAACUAGUGUUAUACGGAAAUACGACAAUAAGUUGCUGAUUAUUGAACGGGAGAAAGCAAAAGUCGAGGAAAUGGAGCAAAUUACGAAAACAAUUACAACUAAGAAGCACGUACCGAAGAACUGGUUGAUUGCCGAUUUGGUUGAAGAGAAACAAGACAAACACAGCAAAGCGAAACAAGACGUUGCCUUAAACCUGGUCCGCUCGGAGACCGAACCCAGCUACAAAUCAUCCGACAUGAGUUUGCUGGUCCGACCGAAACCCGCCUCCGAACUGCUGAAACAAAGCGUAGAUCUAAUCAACGGCAGCGGUCACAGCUAUCCGCCGCUCCCACUGACACCCACUAGCCACCCACCGGGGCCGCCAUCGGGCAGCGAGCACGACGCCAACGGAUACCAUCAUCAUCCGUCGCAUCUCGCUCACACGGACAACGAUUCCGACACAGACAAGCGCGACUCAAGCUCGCCCGGAGCGGACGAUGACCGCGGUGCAGAUCCGGACGAUUCCUGCGAGCCAACGGCCAUCGACUGCAACGAUAAGCUCAAGUCUUCCCCGGGCUCGUCCGACUCGCUCCUGAACGGGGGCAUCGGAGCAACCGGACUGGGCAGCCUAGCCAACAAUAAGCAGCGUCGUUCGCGAACCAACUUCACACUGGAACAGCUGAACGAACUGGAACGGUUGUUCGAGGAAACGCACUAUCCGGACGCGUUUAUGCGGGAGGAACUCAGCCAGCGGCUGGGACUGAGCGAGGCGAGGGUGCAAGUCUGGUUUCAAAACCGACGGGCUAAAUGUCGAAAACACGAAAAUCAACUGCACAAAGGCAUAAUUUUGUCGAGUCACAGCCCACCGGUGACAACCCCGCUAGAACCGUGUCGGAUAGCACCGUACGUGAACGUUCCAUCGCUACGAGGAGCAGCCAGCGUGAACGUGGUGGGUCCACCCACCGGUGGUAUGACAUCUCCAGCGGGAGUUAGCGCAGCAGCUGCUGCUGCAGCCGCAGCCGCUGCUGCCAGCCAUCCCGGAUUUUCGUCGGCAGCGUUUUCCGCCUUCGACUCGGCGUUCAUUUCGGCUGCGGCGCAUCAGUACGCGGCUGCGCUCUCUUCCGGAACCGUGCCGACGGGGUUGUUCUCGCUGUCCCAGUACCGACCGACAUCGGCGGCAACGGCCGCAGCAGUGGCAACAGCUGCCGCCGCCGCGGCUUCCGUUACGCUGCCCGGGUUCACCGUUGCGCAUGAUAAAAAUUCCAGCAUCGUGGACCUGCGACUGAAGGCGGAGAAACACAAAGAGAACCAGAAGAAAAUUGUGAAUAAUGUGUCGUCGUAAGAGGGUAUAGGUGAGGGCACCCGGUCAGCGCCUGGGGAAAUUCAUCCUCCAUCAACCCAACCCCCUCCGCAUAAAAGAUGUUGCUAAAAGGAUAGCAUAGCCCAGUGCUUCCCAAACUGUGCGCCGCGGCGCCCUGGUGCGCCGUGAACAUCUCUCAGGUGCGCCGCAGGCUCUUGGGCCAAAACACAAAGAACAAACUCUUAUUAUUGAAGGCAGAAUUUUUAGCUGUUUUUGUAUUGUUUUGUAAAACUAGUGUCCCCUCAAACCCUUUUUUUGUAUUCGAUAACAAUGAUUUGGCUUUUUUUGUGGAAGACUUCAAAAGAAAAAAAAAAAAAAAAAAAAA